CUUACACUGAGACUUGCUCAACACUAGUUGGAGAUUCCACAUGUUACAAUAAUAUGGUUUGUGUUUCUGAUAUUUGUGAUUGUGAGAAUCCCGCCUUGCAGUAUUACGUUUACUAUGAUAAAAGUUGUAAAACAAGAGCUAAAUACAAAGAACCGUGUCAAACAUCAGAAGAUGGUUCAAAUUGUCACAGCAAUAUGAUUUGUGUGAGUGGUGUUUGUGGUUGUAACACCACCCAGUAUUAUAACCCAAAUGUACAUAGUUGUAAUGAAACUGGAAGAUACCUUGACUCUUGUUCGACAGCGGUUAGAAAUAUAAGUUGUUAUCCUCCUUUGCUUUGUUCGUCCAGUGUGUGCCAUUGUGAAAUGCCAGCAAUGAUGCAUUAUGACGCCGAUGAUAAUACUUGUAACGACGCUAGCUUCAAUGCAGAGGAGUUUGUUAAUGAUACGAAGGGAUUUGGAAAUAUUGUAGGAGCAACGAUGGAUUCAAUUCAUCAUAUGCAUAUAGAGAUAGAAGAAAAAGAGCACAUAAUUGAAGAAAUGGUUACAGUUUUAGCUGUGUUACCUACAGAAAACGAAGCUGAAAUGGAAAACGUCUUAGAAGCGUCGAACCAAAUUUCUAAGGAAGCAGAUGCUUUAACGGAUAACGUUCAGGAUGCGUUACUUAAUGUUAUGGACAAAAUAUCUGAUCAGAUAUCACAUACUGAUGUCAAUAAAAGUGAACCGGGGAAAGUAGAAAAUAUGGUCAAGUCACUUUUUGAUUCGAGUUCAAAUCUUUUGGAUUUAAAUCAUGUACCUGAACGUAAUGUAAAAGAAAAGAUUAUAGUGGAAGAUAAAUCUGAAACUGAAGAUGUCAUACAUGUGGAAGAAACAGAACCCGAACAAGAAGUUCCAUAUGAAAGUCCAGAAGAACAACAAGAAACACAAGUACAAGAAACAGAGGUAGAAAUCAAGGCGAGAGAAAAAAAGAUCGAAAGAACAAAGAAGCUCCUUCACACAGUUGAUAUCAUUGCUGAUUCUGCACUUAAAACUCUGUCUAACGAUGAACCUAUGACUAUGGAAUUCUCAACCAAGACUAUGAAUUUAGUAGUUGGCGUUUCAAAAUUAAAUAAUUCAACGAACACUUCAACAGAUAUAAGCACUUCCAGGAAAAUUGGUAAUAAAACCGUCACUAGCUCAUUUAAACUACCACCAGAAAUAAAAGAACAACUUAAAGAAGCUAGUAAGAAUGGAUUUAAAUUUCAGAUGCUUUUCUCAGAAAAGAAUCCAAGAUCUUGGGACAAGUCAUCUGCAUACAUUAAUUCUCCAAUGAUAUCGCUAAUUCUUAAGGAUUUAAACCAAAAAACACUUGAUGUAACUAAAUUACCAAAGCCUAUCAUCAUUGACAUACCUAUUGGAAGAAACGAAAAAUACAGCGAAUUUAUUUUGAAUUCCCAAGUAGAUAACUUCAUACGUCUUAAAGUGAAACAGCCAGCGAACAUGUUUUACAUGUUGAAGAUUAUGACAGAUGGUCCACAGUAUAAUAUGUCAGUGAAGAUUGCAAUAGAAUUUCAUAAACAGGUGUCUAUGUCAGAUGCAGAAAAUGGGACGCUCAUUAGUAAUGCACACAUAGCAUUUUUAAAAGAACCUGAAACGAAAUCGCUCUACUGGAGUUUAGGAAUUAUCAUCAACGACCGAAGCGAUGGGAAUAUUAGUCAGAAUAUAUCUGUUAGAAUUUCCUCAACUGCCGUUAAUUGUCGAUAUUGGAAUAACACUAUCGGAAAAUGGUUACCAGAGGGAUGUAAGGUUUCACCUGUUUCAUCAAGCGAAACAUUAGAGUGUGAAUGUGAUCAUCUUACCGAUUUUGCUGGAGGAGUUUUUGUUUUACCUAAUAUUGUGGAUCCAUUUCAAGAUGCUCUACUUUUUCUGACGUUCUUUGACAACCCAGUUGUAGUUACAGUAGUGAUAUUGGUCUGGUUGAUAUAUUUUCUGGGUCUUUACAGGGCAAAACAAGCUGAUCGGAAGGACUCAAAUUUUGAUGGUAUUGUGACUCCCUUUCCAAGUGACCCUUCAGACCCGUUUAAGUAUGUUAUGUGCAUUGUCACUGGAUGGCGGUAUGAUGCUAGAACUACAGCGAACGUUUCAUGCUACAUAAAAGGCAACAAUGGACAAAGUGCAAGGCAUUGUUUAAGUAGGACCUCAUCACCGCAGGUUUUGUUUACAUCUGGUGGUGAGGACUGGUUUCUAAUAACUUCUUCUUAUGAUAUAGGAGACAUGGUGAAUGUCAUUGUAUGGCACGACAACAGCGGUUCCUCGCCAUCAUGGUUUCUUUCCAGAAUAAUUAUACAAGACGUGCAAACUAAAAAAGUAUUUAAUUUCUACUACGAUAAUUGGCUUGGAAUUCAAAGUGGUACUGCUAAAGUGUGUUUGUCAAUCAAGUCAGGUUUCGAAUUGAAGCAACAGUCUUUCCUAAGAACAAGUCAAGAUUUACGUCGAGGGCAUUUGUGGAUUAGUAUAAUUUCAAAACCACCAUGUAGUAAUUUCACGAGGGCUCAAAGAUUAUCAUGCGCAUUGUCUUUAUUGUUUUGCACAAUGUUGUCCUGUCUUAUGUUUCAUGGAAUUCCGACUGACGAAACUAUUAGUUCUGAUGUAGCCAGUAUUCAAUUUGAAUUUUCGCUGAAAGACUUUAUCAUUGGUUUGCAAAGUAGUAUAAUAAUGUUUCCUAUAAACUUUGCCAUUAUUGAACUCUUUGUGCGAUCAAAAACAAAACAGCUUCAUAAAGAACGAUAUAUGGAAAUUGAUGUAAACCGUCCAACGUCAAGUGAUGAAAAAAGAUCAGAUAAAGAAGAUAAUGAAAUUGUGGCAGUAAAACGAUGGAUGUUUCCAUGGUGGGUUAUAUACGUUGCAUGGACCACAACUGUUUUGACAUCGUUGGUUUCGUCAUAUUUUGUUAUGCUGUAUGGAUUAAAAUAUGGCUACUAUGAAAGUUUGAAUUGGCUAGUCUCCUUUCUUACAGCAUUUGUUGAUGAUGUCUUUUUAAUGGAACCUAUUAGUGUUGUGUUUUUUGCCAUGUUGUUCACAUUUAUAUUGAAACGGGAGAUCAAAAUAGAUUCUGCUCCAGCAUUGAUUGUACACAAACCAGAAGAAAACAAUACAUUAUUGCAGAAAAGAAGUAAUACGAAGACAUUUAUCCCAGGACAUGCUUCAAAAAAAGAUUUGAAGAAAGCUAAAAAGGAACUUGAUUUAAAAGAAAAAAUCCAGACAAAUCUUCAAGAUAUAAUUCUUUACGUGUUUUUCACAUUCAUGUUGUUAUUUGUUGUUCACAACCAUCGACCAGUGGAGAAAUGUUUCAUGCAGUCACAAGAUAUCAAUAAUAUUUUUAUAAAAAAUACAUUAGAACAUGUUAAGACACGUGGUGAUAUUUGGACUUAUAUCAACGAAAGUGUUAUUCCUCCAUUGAGUAGAACAAUACCUUAUGACAUGUUAAAGAAAAUUCCAGAAAAUGAUUUUCUACUGAUAGGAAAGUUUCGUCUGCGACAGAUAAGGGUUAAAAGAGACAGCUGUAAAUACCCAGAUAAGUUGAGGAAACUGUUUGGCUUGGACCAUCUUGGCAUGAAAUGUACAUCUACAUUGAAUACGAUAAAUGAUGACAAUGACAAUUACAACAAAUCGUGGCAGAUUCAGUCACAACUACUACCAUCCACUGAUGAAUGGUCCUUCCAAAAUGCUUGGGACUUAGAGUCUGUACCAUAUCUAGGCGAGCGGUCAAUAUAUGGUGGGGGAGGCUACUUGGUUGACCUGAACACAGGUCCUUCGUCUAUUUUAAAAAUUUCAGAGCUAAUGCUUAAGUCAUGGAUUGAUACAAGAACAAGAGCUUUUUUCAUAGAAUUUGUCUUGUAUAAUCCCAAUGUUAACAUGUAUAGUUCAGUUAUGAUAGUGUUUGAGUAUAGCAGUCCUGGCACAGUAACGACAUCAUUUCAGAUAUACACAACACCUCUAUCCCACUACUCCACUAGUAAAGAAAUUACAAGUUUGGUGUUUGAGAUAGUAUUUUUUCUUUUGACGAUCUUCGUGUCUUAUAUUGAGAUCAAAAAGAUAAGACUGGUCGGAUUGAAAACGUACUUUAAACGGUUUUGGAAUAAACUUUCCUUGUUGAUGUUAGUAUUGUGCUAUACUUCAAUGGCGAUUUUUAUAGAAAGAUUUAGAAUGAUAACACACAUUAUCCGGCAGUAUAGAAAUGAUGGUAAAGACAGUUACAUUAAUUUUAGUCUUGCAAUCCUAUGGGAUUGCAUAUUAUUUUACAUUUUGGCUUUUUUAACCGUAAUUACAAUGAUAAAACUGCUGAAACUUUUAAUGCUGAAUCAGAAAUUGAAAUACCUAUUUUCAUUGAUGGAACAUGUUAAAAAACCGUUAAAAUAUUUCUUUUUUAUCUAUGUUAUUUCAUUGUUAGCGUUUGCAUGUUGUGGACAUUUGUUAUUUGGCGCAUCAUUAGCUGGUUAUAGAUCAUUCGGAGACAGUUUGAUGGUCCUUAUAGAAUGUACUUUCAGGAUUGUCAAUUAUAAUCAAUAUCUUGAUUUUCAUCCACAAUUAGGUCCUCUUUUUAUACUUUUGUUCAUAUUUAUUUUUGUGUUUGGUUUAAUGAAUAUGUUUACUGUCAUUGUAAUGAAUGCACAGAAAUCCUUAAGACAAAAAGGAGUAAAACAUGAUGACCAGCUAACAUUAAUGGUUAAGUACUUUGUGCACAGCAUUAGAAGAAUGUUCCGAUAAUAUAAUA